AUGAGAGGUUCGUCGUAUUCGCAGAAGAGCCUGAGCAUCAGCGGCUCCAGCCGGAUGAGGGUCCAGAGCCCGUCUCCGACCCGAUGCCGUGGAUCCUCGUACAGCCGCGGACGGACGGGACUCCAGGGCCAGGCAGUGGAAGUGGCCACCGAGAUCCACCAGCACCACGCCAACGAGAAGGAGGUGAUGCAGGAGCUCAAUGUGCGCUUCGCCGGAUACAUCGAGAAGGUCCAGGCGCUGGAGCAGAGGAACAGCGCUCUGAGAGCCGAGCUGGAGGCCCUUCAGGGACGCUUCAAGGGAGGGCCCACCGGCCUCGGGGACGAGUACGAGCUCAAGUUUAAAGAGAUGAGGGAGCUCAUCGAAGCUCUGACCGCAGAGAAGGGCGCAGCUGAUAUAGAGAGAGGCUACAUCGAGGAGGAGGUGGAGGUCUGGAGACUCAAGCUGGAGGAGGAGCUGGCCAUCAAAGAGGAGGCUGAAAUGAUUCUCCGCGAGUUCCGUCAAGACGUGGACAACGCGACGCUACAGAAGGCCGACCUGGAGAAGCGCAUCGAGCAGCUGGUGGCUGAGAUCGCGUUCCUGAAGAAGCUCCACAACGAGGAAGUCGCCGACCUCCUGAAGCAGAUCGAGGAGUCUAAGGUGACGGUGGAGCUCGACUCCGACAGACCGGACCUGGCCGCUUACCUGCGCAACAUGCGCGCCGAGAUCGAGGCGGUGGCUGCUCGCAACGUCCAGGAGGCCGAGAAGUGGUACAAGGGCAAAUUCGACACUCUGAAGGAGCAGGCCGGCAAACACGAGGACCAGAUGAAGGGCAUGAAGGAGGAGAUCACCAGCUUCCACAACCAGGUGACGGACCUGCAGAACCAGAUCGACGGGCUGAGGGCGAGGAACGCGGCGCUGGAGCAGCAGCUGGAGGACAUGGAGGAGGCGCACCUGGACAAGACGGCCGGUCUGGAGGACAUCAUCGCCCAGCUAGAGAGCCAGCUGUGCGAGACCAAGCUGGAGAUGGGAAAAUACUUGGCCGAGUACCAGCAGCUGCUCCACAUCAAGCUGAAGCUGGACGCUGAGAUCGCCACCUACAGGAAGCUGCUGGAAGGAGAGGAGAAGCGGCUCGGGAUCUCCGUCGCCGAAGUGACAGAAGAGAGAACCACGUCUGUCUCUCGUACUGUAGAGACACACACGGCUAUCGCCUGAAGAUCAACCUCGACUAAACCAUGUCCUGCUAAACUAGCUGAGUUCCCUGGGCCUCCUGAGAAUCACAAUGAAUAAAACGGUCUCAAAAUGUUCCCAGGCACUAAAUAAAGCUUGAUUUCAAUGCACACUUGUCUCUGCUGUAUACUUUCUUAUAAAGCCUCAGUUAUUCUGACCUGCUGUCUAUGGGCUGAAAGAUGGUCAAACUAAUACUUUAUUCCUGGAGUUUCCGCAUUAGUUGGUUCUUUACCAUUAUUCAGUUGGAUGAGAAUGAGCUGAAUAAUAAUACUAUUGUGUUCUGUAGAGCUGAUUUAUGGCUGAAAUUAUUUCAUAAUUGAUGAACAGUGACGGUUAUUAAACUCUAUUGAAUCAAAAUUGAAUUGAUUUCUUUUUCAGUUUUUGUUGUUGUCAUCUUCCAGUACAGGUAUCUAAACUUUUAUAAAUCAAGAUAUUUGAGAAGCAGAAUGAGGAGAUAUUGAGUAUAGUUUUCUGAAAAAUGCAUCAAAAAUAAGUGGGAUUAAGCUUUAAACAGUGAGGUCAGAAACACAUUCUGAGCCCAUUAGCAGAUACUUGUUCUUGUUUUAAGCAUAAACUCACUUCAUUUUAAUACAGCUUCAAGAAAACAAGACGUAAUAUCUCAUGUCAUUUUGAUUUUAUCUUGAUUAAAGAAUGUUUUGACAUUUGUACAAAAAU